ACACUUUUCUCACUCUCCCGCCACCAUAAGCAGAAUGAUCCUCAGACCUCUCUUCAACCAACACCACCGCCGUGUCUUCUCCUCCCUCCAUCGUCUCCUCACCAACGAAUCAAUAGUCCAACAACACCAACCUCCGCCGCCGUCGCUGCAACCAACGCCAGUUAACUCAGAUCACCUAAUUCGAGUCUGCACGAUCCUCUUUCAACAACAAACCUUUCCAGACUCCAAGCUCCAAUCCAAGCUCUCUACCUGCGACUUCCAGCUUACCCACGAGUUCUUCCUCCAAGUGUGCAACAGAUUCCCUUUCUCCUGGCGUCCAGUCCACCGCUUCUUUCAGUACAUUCAGCAAACACCUUCCCUACAUAACAAUUUCGCCCACACCUCCGUCUCCUUCAAUAAGAUGCUCGAUGUCUACGGCAAGGCAAGAAACAUGGAUCUGCUCUGGGAAACGGCUCAGCAGGCAGGCCAAUUGGGCUUGCGGAGGUUGAACAAGGUCGUGGAGGCUCUGUGUCGGGAUGGGCUCAUGGAGGAGGCCAAGUACGUGACUUUGAAGAUUAAGGACACCAUUCCCCCAGAUGGGUUCACUUACGGGUGCCUGAUUAAAGGAUUCUGCGACAUCGGCGACAUGAUUGAAGCGUCAAAGGUCUGGAAUUUAAUGGUGGAGGAUGGGUUCGAUCCGGAGAUCCAAGUGUUCGAGAAAAUGAUCGAGAUGUUCUUCAAAAAGAACGAGGACACUGAAGCCGUGAAAGUGUUCCAAACCCUACGAGUUAAUAGGAUGGAAGAACUAGGACUCUCAACUUACAACCUCGUCAUUUCAUGGUUCUGCAAGAAGGGCAAGCUCAGCCAAGCACAACAACUGUUCGACGAAAUGCGGCAGAGAGGAAUUCAACCCGAUUGCGCAACAUUGGGAUCCCUUCUCUUCGGGAUGUCAUCAAGAGGCCGAGUGAACGAGGCCCAGAGAGUGUUGCAACAGAUCGAGAAACCGGACAUAGCCAUCUACCACGGACUGAUCAAAGGGCUGCUGAGCUCGAAAAGACCCAGAGAUGCAACAGAAGUCUUCAGGGAGAUGAUAAACAGAGGCUGCGAGCCCAUAAUGCAUACAUAUGCUGGGAAGUCGCUGGAAGCUACCAAGUAUGUUGAGAGGAUACUGAAUGGCGGGAUGGAAGUUCCGAGGUUUGAUUACAACAAGUUUCUCCACUACUUCUCCAACGAGGAAGGAGUUGUUUUGUUCUUGGAGACGGCGAAGAAGUUGAGGGACGUUGGAUUGGUUGAUUUGGCUAAUGUGCUUGGGAGGUAUGGGGAGAAAAUGGCCACUAGAGAUAGGCGAAGGAACAAAGAGGGUUAACUUGUUCUAAAACAAAGAGUUCACUUUUGU